AUGGCAGAAUCCUCGAGGAAGUCCUUCAAAGACAGUCUGAGCGAUAUAAAACAACGUAUGAAAGAGAAAAGAACUCAGAAAUGGUUAAGGCUGGGCAAAACUACCCAGUUCUCCACCGUAAAGGCCAAAAGAGCAAACAACACCUCCAACCAAAUGAAGAUCAUUCAAGCAAACAACAGAGAUCUGGCUCUGUCCUUGCAAGAACACAAGCUCAAACUGAGGGAAGCUGAAGCUACCAUUCUUCAGCUAAGAAAAGAGUAUCACAUUUUGAAGGCUCAAAUGUUUGACUUGCAAAGAAAUCAUAGGUUCCAGCAAGAACAAGGACGUGUGGAGAACCGACUGUCAGCCUUGAAUGAGAUAAUUUCCAAAGUCUCUCAGAAUUUACUGGACUCAGUCGCUCUCCUUGGCCCAGCAAAGGACUUGUGUUCCACAGAUGUAAAUCAAAGAGUGCUUUCUUCAGGUCCUGGAAAUGGUUGCAGUGUCACAGAACCAACACAUUCAAUAGGACCUCUAAAGUGUGUUCUUGAAGACAGUCCUGUCCUUCCAAGUGGGAUGGAAGCUGGUGGUGACAGAAAUUCUUUGUCAAAGAUCUGUGUGGAAUCUGACAGUGACAUUUCCUUUACCAAAAUAAUUCCAAGUGAAGGACAGCCAUCUGAUUUUCAUCUGAACAGCACGGAGCCAGAGCUAGAAAAUGUUUCUUCAUGUGUAAAGUUUGGAUGUGAUAGCGUGUUACCAAAAAGUGUAUCCACCAGACGUCACUUUUCGACGAUGAGGAACCCUGAUGUAAUUUGUACUGAUGUCUUGGACUGUUUAGAAGCACCUGAUUCAGUAAAAGAACUUUCUGAACAGGAUGAAAUUAGGCUUGAGGAAAGUCUAGAGAAGUGUGCUACAGAAAAUAUAAAGGCAGCUGUUCCUCACUUGAAUGAAAGCAAGGUUGAUUCAGAGCUGGUGUUGAGGCAGAAAACUUCUGAAACUGCACAGUUCAAAUUGAAACGUAAUUCUGAUCUUAAACAACCAGAGUGUAAAAGCAGAAAAAACCCUCAACGAAGGAAAGAAAAGCAUCAGAAAGGAAAACUGGAAUGGCCACUUACUUCCCAACAAAGACCAGGAAAACUGGGUAAAGAGGCUUCUAAAGAAAAGCAGAAUUUCGUGGGUGGCAUCAGUGAUGCUUAUGACUUUCAUUUGGAAGAGAGUGUCCAUCUUACACCUUUUCGACAAAACAAGGUGAACAACAGUGAUACUGAAGUGGAGGAUGAAGAAGACUCAGGUGAAACCAAUACCCUUGAGUCAAGCAGUACUGCAGGGGACUCAGAUGACAGCCUCUAUGAGCCUUACAAGAGUAAAUCAAAGAAAAGGCAAAGUUCAAUGGAUGAGAGCCCUAUGUCACCAAUCCAUCCAAGGCCAAGGUCUAAAAGAUGUUUGGCACAGCGUGAGCAGAAGCUCUGUCAUGAAGAAGAGACUGAAAACAAAUCAAGUGAUAAGUCCAUUAAGCAGCCUCCUGAGCCAUCUCGUGGGCAUCUCUGUGAUGUUACCAAUACAGCUGCAGUGCUCCCCAGCACUGGGGAUGCAGAAAUUGUCCCUGAAGGUGAAGGACUUCAGUCCCCAAAACGCAAGCGGCGAAGCUGUAGUGUUACUGUGAACUAUAAAGAACCAAGUAUUGUAGCGAAACUCAGGAGAGGAGAUCCAUUUACAGAUACAAAGUUCCUGUGUUCUCCAAUUUUCAAGCUGAAAAAAGACAUUAAGCGACAUUCUCGUAAGAUUCUAUGAAAAU